AUGCAGCCGAUGGAAAGGAAAAGGCAGGGCUACAUUCACGAACUCAUUCAGACUGAAGAAAGGUACAUGGACGAUCUUCAGCUUGUCUUGGAGGUUUUCCAAAAACCGAUGGCUGAUUCGGGCUGUCUCACAGAAGGAGAAAUGGGGCUGAUCUUUGUUAAUUGGAAGGAACUCAUCAUGUCAAACACAAAGUUACUGAAAGCCUUGCGAGUGCGUAAGAAAACAGGAGGAGAGAAGAUGCCAGUGCAGAUGAUUGGGGACAUCUUGGCAGCCGAGCUCUCUCACAUGCAGGCAUACAUUCGGUUCUGCAGCUGCCAGCUUAACGGAGCUUCGCUGCUGCAGCAGAAAACUGAUGAAGAUGCUGAUUUCAAAGACUACUUAAAGAAACUUGCCUUGGACCCUCGCUGCAAAGGAAUGCCCCUCUCCAGCUUCCUCCUGAAACCUAUGCAACGAAUAACCCGCUACCCUCUGCUCAUCAAGAGCAUUCUGGAGAACACUCCAGAAAACCACCCCGAUCACAGUAACCUCAAGCUGGCCUUGGAGCGUGCGGAGGAGCUGUGCUCUCAGGUGAACGAAGGCGUGCGUGAGAAGGAGAACUCGGACAGGCUGGAGUGGAUACAGUCCCACGUCCAGUGUGAAGGUCUUGCUGAGCAACCGGUGUUCAACUCCCUCACAAACUGCUUGGGACCACGGAAACUCCUGCACAGUGGGAAGCUGUACAAGGCCAAGAGCAAUAAGGAGCUGUACGGCUUCCUGUUCAAUGACUUCCUCCUGCUCACCUACAUGGUUAAACAGUUUGUCUCUUCCAGCUCCGAGAAACUGUUCAGUCCCAAAUCCAACUCCCAGUUCAAAAUGUACAAAAUGCCUGUUUUCCUUAACGAAGUCCUAGUGAAACUGCCCACAGACCCUUCCAGUGAUGAGCCAGUUUUCCACAUAUCACACAUUGACAGAGUUUACACCCUUAAAACUGACAACAUUAACGAGCGCACUGCCUGGGUCCAGAAAAUCAAAGCAGCAUCCGAGCAGUACAUUGAAACCGAGAAGAAGAAACGUGAGAAGGCUUAUCAAGCUCGCUCACAGAAGACCUCAGGAAUAGGACGCUUGAUGGUGCACGUGAUUGAAGCGACAGAGCUAAAGGCCUGUAAGCCCAACGGGAAGAGCAACCCAUACUGUGAAAUCAGCAUGGGCUCUCAGAGCUACACCACGAGGACGCUGCAGGACACCCUGAACCCCAAGUGGAACUUCAACUGCCAGUUCUUCAUCAAGGAUCUGUAUCAGGAUGUCCUGUGCAUCACCAUGUUCGACAGGGAUCAGUUCUCGCCUGAUGAUUUUUUAGGUCGCACUGAAGUCCCAGUAGCAAAAAUCAGAACAGAACAAGAAAGCAAAGGCCCCACGACAAAACACCUACUGCUGCAUGAAGUUCCAACAGGUGAAGUCUGGGUCCGUUUUGACCUGCAGCUCUUUGAUCAGAAAACACUCGUCUAAGAACAUUUUUUUUUAAUUUAUGAAGGACAACUGAAGCUGACAGCCUGAACACUUUUUGUAAAAGAUUCCUUGCCCUAUGCUGGUUAUUAAGCAAGAGUUCCUGCUGCUUCCAUAUUUCCUCUUAGUUCCCGGUUGCAUUCAGUUCCUUGCAGCGUUCAAAGUUGUUGUUGAUCUAUGCAAACACAAAUGUUACUGUAUACACAGUACUAUAGCUCAGUGCCUUUUUAUUAUGUUGGAAUAUGUUGGGUUUGGAUGCCAAUGUUUCCAUUUUCAGGGCCAUAAAAAGUAUUAAGUAGAAAUGUGGCAUCAAGAUGUAUGUAUAUUUUACCACUAGGUGUAACAUAUAGACUGAGGAAUGGUUUAGCUCAGCACUAGAAUCAUUCCAUUUGAAAUCUGAAAAGUGAUAUCCACUGGAAUCUUCUCAUCUCAGGAUGAUAGUUUUAAAGAUUAAAUACUGAAGAAGCCUUAGCACUGGAGAAGUCUCUGAUAUAUUGUAUAUUCUUUAAGAAUUAAGUGUAGUUCCUUACUUGACUUAGUUCUGCACUGAAAUCAGUUAACUGCUACUUUAUUUUUCUUUCUGCUUCAGUUUGAUUCAUCAUUCUCUGCUGAGACAAUGUGGUUGUGAAGAAUAACUAGAAAAAAAAUAUUUUAAAUACUGUGACCCACAGCAAUGUGGAAAAAUACUUUUCAGCUUUUGUUUUUUUCCUAAAUAUAAGUUAUUUGUGUACAUUUCCUUGGUCUUGCAGACCUCCAUGUGAAGCUUUGACAUUGCCAACAUGUAUAUAGAGAGUAAAAUAUAAGUUUAUUAAUGUAAUUUGUCUACAGAUGUUUAUUGAUGCAUAGUGAUUUUUAAAAAGUAUAUUUUAUUGUACAGGGGACUGUGAAAUAAUGAGAAAAGCUUAUAGGAUUAAAUUCAAGAAAAGUUUAUUACAAGUUUAAAAGGUUUGCUCGGGGGAACUGUCACCCUACCAUCAAUCUGUAAGAUGAGAUUGGUUGAAAGCAAAAACUUGGUCUCUUAGCACCAAAAUCACGGAUGGUUUAAAAAAAAAUAAAUUGUUUCCAAAGGGUUUGAUACAUUGUAACCAUUUGCCUCCAACCACU